AUCGAUAAUUUCCUCGCGGGGGUCCGAGCCGUCCGAGGGGGUCUCACAAUCACAAUUACUACGCUCGCGCUUAAAUUAAUACGUCGGCUGUGUCUCUUGGGGCAUGUCACUGGUAGAGGUGUGGCGGAUAAUCCUCGUCAUGUGUGGCUACCUCGUUCGACUUUUGCGCGUGUCAUCACUGGUGUAAUAUUAUCAAGUGUGCAUACAUAGUAAACAAGUGCGAUGCGGGUGCAGUAGUCGUGCGUCUAAUUGCGCGUCGGCUACUGGGAUCUAGCGAGCUUUGGUUUUCGAGCUGUGUGAUUGUGAUCGUGUCUGUGCCGCUUCUCUCUUGCCCCCAUGAAUAUUCCUCCCGGAGCAGAGAUUUUAUGGACUGACUCUAUCGGAGACCGUCCCAAUAUCGUACAGGAACUGGUCAUUCAGUCGUUGGUCAAAGAAAUGAGCAAGCCGGAGAACAACGUCAACGCUCUGUCCUGGCGGAGGCUACACCUCAGCAGGGCUAAGCUCAAGGCCUCCAGCAGAACUUCGGCUCUUCUCUCCGGGUUCGCAAUGGUGGCCCUGGUGGAGAUCCAGCUGAGCAAGGGCAUUUCGUCGCAGCUGCUGGUCGCCUUCAGUGUGUGCACGACACUGCUCGUCUCAGUGCACAUGCUGGCGCUCAUGAUAUCGACAUGCAUCCUGCCAAACUUGGAGGCCGUGGCCAGCGUGCACGGCAUUGCUGCUGUCUCUGAGUCACCCCACGAGAAGAUGCACCUCUACAUCGAGACGGCCUGGGCGUUUUCCACCGUCUUUGGCAUCUUGCUCUUCAUGGCAGAGAUUGCCAUUCUCUCCUGGGUGGUCUUUCACGAAUACAGAGAUGCCGCCCUUGCCGCUACCAUCAUCCUCAUACCCGUUGCCAUCGUGUUUGUCGUCUUUGCCGUGCACUUCUACAGACAGCUUGUGACGCACAAGUUUGAGCAGUCAGUGAUGAGUGUCAAAGAGCUCGAGAACAUGGUUAGCCAACUUCAAGACGGUGGCGGGGGCAGCACUGACAAUGCGGCAUCACUUCUCAACGUCUGAGUUCGGCGCUACCCAGUGGACGGUAUUUGCCUGUUUUCCUGUUGGUGGGUGCGGAAGUGGCACUAUGCAGUGAAUGUAACUUAUUGCUGUACUCGCUGCCCGUCAUUGUUUGACAGGUGAUGAAUGACAAGUACAUGCUUGUUUUGUUUGCCCAUAGAGGCCUGUUCUGUGCACCACUUCAAGUGGCUAAAGCAAGGCAUGAUGUACUGAAUGUUAAAGUGAGCCACUUCAGAUCAAUACUUUGAUGCCAGAACCUUCAGAAAGCCUUGGUCGAUUUCUAGUUCCUUUCUGUGCAAUGCUUGUACAAUGUAACUUGACACGCACACAUUUCUUUUUCUAUGCAUUGGAUUCUGAGCAUAAAGGCCAUUGGACAGUAUUAAAUAAUGUAAGUUUGAACCUAUUCUUACAUGCAUGCUGUUACAGCCUAUUAUCUUACAAAUGUACAUGUGAACCUUUUUCACAUCUAAUUAUCGGUGAUAGUGUUGUCACUCAUCCAACUAUGAAACUGUUGACUUUUGAUGGAAAUGGUGGCGUUCAAGCCUCGGAUUGCAAGUAGUGAGUGUUGCUUUAAAACAUGACAUUUAUGCAUUGGUCUGUACUGGCAUUUGUUCGUUGCUUUAAUUUUUCUCACUGAGUAGUGAGGCUGUCGAAACGUAGCCAAUUGGGAAAGCCAAGUUUAUUCUCGACUUCUUCCUUUGGGGACUUUUUCUAGCUGUCAUUUUGGAAGGUAGCUGUGUACAUUUGCUUCCUAUUGCUUGAAAUGCACUACACCAACCCGGUUUACUUAUUUUUUCCUGUUCUUAGAGUGAUGAUCAAUAAUGGGCUUCGAUGGCGCAAGGGCAUCUUUGGCCAAGGAGUGCCAAGGCUUAGAGCGACUUGCUUACACAAUAGUACCUAAUUGGCUGUGUUCCAAGUGCACAUCAUGGAUUUAAUUCCUGGUCGCUGUGACCACAUUAUGGUGGGGGCUAAGUGCAAAACAUUUGUGUUCCGAGAUGGUAUGCAUUUUGCAGAUCAUCAGGUAGCCCCAUAUUCAAUCCAGAGCCCUUCACUGUGGUCUCUCUGUUAACCCAGCUGCAAGUUGGGGAUGUAAAGCCUGUGAAUUAAUAUUUAACUGAAAUGUCACCUCUUACUUUUAUGUGAAUUGAAGUUAAAAUAGUGCGUAUGUUACUAGAGCUGGCAAUGUUUGUGGCACAAAAGGUUAGUAAAAGAACGAGAUGGACAGAAAGAGUGCCAAAUGGAACUUUCUGCCUCUCUGUCUCCUUUUUCUUUCGCUAAGCUUUUACACCACAAACAACGACAACUAUGCACUAACUAGCUUGACAUUGUACUCUGUGUUACUAUAGACGUGUGGUACUUUGACAAACUUUCAUAAUUUCUUGUGUACAUGCACUUCGCAAAUCUCCUCCCUCAAGAACCUUUUGGAAGAGUCUUUAAGACCAAAGUUCCCACUUAUCUUUAAGCCUUUCCACCUGCAUCCUUUCAGAACUAUUUGUUCGUCGCAGAGUGAACUGUCAGUCAAGUCGAUACGUGUCGAUAUGAAGGAAAAAUUAGCACAACAUUUUAAAUUCUUCAAAACUUGGGUAGCAGAUUAGGUAGGUGCUUACCGACUAUCGAGUUGUGAGCACGUGUCCCGUCUGCUUUUCCGUCUGUUUCGGGUCAUGUUUUUUUUUUUUUUUGCUCUCCUCCUUAUAAAUAUGUAUAAUGUAAGCGAGCUGCCUUACCAGCUGUAGUCAUUCUCUAAUGGGCAUUCCAUACUGCAUUUUACUUCUCUUUUGCUUGUAUGCCUAAACCAUGGACCUCAAUCAUAUGAAGCCAACAUACAAUGUCUGUUGUCUUGAUAUCAUUGUGACUAACAAAAAUCAGGCCCCCUGGUGCCCCCUUUUUUCAUUCAAUCCAGGGGCUGUAUUCCAAGUCGGUCACAUUUGGGAUUCCUACUUUCAGCGGACGCCCAUUGGUCCAGUGAAAGGAUUUGCUGCUUCGCACAAAAGUGAAAGUGGUCCCCAAAACUAUUGAGAACAUGGCCUCAGCAUCCCUUAUAUAACUAUGCUCAAACAGCACGACUGGAACAAGGACACACAGAGAAACAAAUACCACAGAACACUGUGCCCUUGUUUCAGUCAUGCUGUUUGAGCAGAGUUCCAAAGAUGAGCCAACUAGCCCUCACCAAAAUGUUGCUAAAGCAUCCCCUACUUUUAUGCAUUUAACAUGCCACACUGUCAGUCCGUUUUCUUUAUCUUCUCUCUGUACUCCUGUUUGUCAGAUAUAAGCUUUCUCCACUGUAUUUUCUUUUUAAUAUAGCUACUGCUUUGCAGGCCAUAUUGAGAAAACAUAGUAGUAUCCUGCAACUAGCCAUUCUUAACAGAUGGCAGCUAUUUCAGUGAGUGCAGGAUUUGAGCAAUGUUGUUUGGCUUUGUGCAGAGAGCAAACAUUUUGCUCAGGGGCUGUGUUAUGUAUUUUUCUUUUUUUUUAAUGUGCCCUCCAUUGGCUAGCACAGUUACAGGUCUUCGCUAUUGCCACUGCUGGCCACUUGCUAAUAACGAAUAGAAUCGAAGGAAAAGAAUCCUUACAUAUUCUAUUUCUUUAACUCUUUUGAGGCUUUUGUGCUGCAUAACAAUCACUGAUAGUUAAAACAAGCAACACUUCCAUUGUAAACACUGUACUUGUAUUUAGUAUGUAUAAUCUCAAUCUUUUUGUUAUAUACAAUAUCAAGAUCUUUACACUCUCAUUUUUUGUUUUUGUUUUUUUGAGAAGGUUACGAGCAUAGCAAGCGUGUCGUUUUUGUAGAGGAGUUGCUAGGCAAGGCGGACAUACUUUGCUACGGAUAAUUUUGGAGGCAGUCGUAUUUUAAUGAGCCCCAUUUUUUUAAAUACUGAUAAUCGCACCUAACUCGCAAUAAUUAUAUUGAAUUUCAACACUCAAUCCAGGCGUUAUCAAAACUGGAAGCGCUUGGAGUGGACAAAAGGCAUCCCAGUAUGACGUCAGGUGGGAACACCUCACGGCAAAAAGCACGUCGAAGUUUGACAUUGAACUUCGCUGCACAUACUGAUGCGGCACAUUUUGCCUGGCAAGCAUCUGCCGAGACACGCAAUAUCAGUAUUUGCUGCGACAUGCCAUCAUACAGACUUUGUCACUGGGUAUUUCCA